CUGGCCGGUCAUCAAGCAGCUGUGGCUGGCGAUUGCCGAGAACCCGGGUUCCCCGGGUAUUUCGACCUGCUGGGGCACGAAGUGUCGGUCGACGUAAAGACUCGCAAAGGCGAGGUGAUUGUGGCGGCCGGGGAGAUCUUGUCCGAGCAGCACAUCCGUCGCCUGCGCCGCCUGUCCGGCGACACGGUGAUUGACGUAAUUCCGUUCGUGGAUACCCGGCCCGAUAGCAUUCAAUAUCUUACUGCCGACCUGGAAGAGCAGUUCCGGAUUGCUCAGGCCAACUCCGAAUUCGAUGGGUUGAAUCAGUUUACCCAGGAACAGGUGGAAGUACGGGAAGGAGACAAUUACCGGCUGGCUUCGCCGACCACCGUGGAAUAUGCCGACGUUUCGCCGUUGCAGAUUAUGAGCGUUUCAGCGGCGCUGAUUCCUUUCCUGGAGCACGACGACGCCAACCGGGCCCUGAUGGGGUGCAACAUGCAGCGCCAGGCGGUGCCGUUGCUGCAACCGCAGGCUCCGAUCGUGGGCACCGGCAUUGAACGCCGGGUGGCACGGGAUAGCGGGCAGGUGUUGCUGUCGAGAGUGGAAGGGUCGGUGGUAUCGGUAAACGGGCACGAGGUGCUGGUUUCCGACGCUGCCGGGGUGGACCAUUCCCACCGAUUGAUCAAGUUUGCGCGGACGAAUCAGGGCACUUGCCUCAACCAGCGUCCGGUGGUGCAGAAGGGCGACCGGGUGCUAGUUGGCGAUACGCUGGCCGACAGCUCGUCGACCGAUGGCGGCGAACUGGCCCUGGGUCAGAACGUGCUGGUUGCGUUCAUGUCAUGGGAGGGCUACAACUACGAGGACGCCAUCAUCAUCAGCGAACGGCUGGUGAAGGACGACCAGUUCACCUCAGUGCACAUUGAGAAGUACGAAGUGGAAAGCCGCUCCACCAAACUGGGCGACGAAGAAAUCACCCGGGAUAUCCCGAACGUGGGGGAGGGCAACCUGCGCGACCUGGACGAGCGCGGCGUCAUCCGCAUUGGCGCGGAUGUCGGGCCGGGCGACAUCCUGGUUGGAAAGGUUACCCCCAAGGGUGAAACUGAAAUGACUGCCGAAGAGCGUCUGUUGCGGGCUAUCUUCGGUGAGAAGUCCAAGGAUGUCCGCGACACAUCGUUGCGGGUUCCGCACGGUCAACGGGGCAAGGUCAUAGCGGUCAAAGCCUUGAGCCGAGCAGCCAAGGACGAUUUGCCUCCGGACGUGAAUGAAGCGAUUCGCGUUUGGGUGGCCCAAACGCGCAAGAUCUCAGUGGGCGACAAAAUGGCGGGACGCCACGGGAAUAAGGGCGUGGUUUCACGCAUUCUGCCCGAAGAAGAUAUGCCGUUCCUGUCGGACGGAACUCCGGUGGACAUCAUUCUGAAUCCCAUCGGCGUGCCUUCGCGGAUGAACCUGGGGCAGGUUUUGGAAAGCCACCUGGGUUGGGCCGCGCGCAGCCUGAAUUUCCAGGCGCUGACGCCGGUGUUCGAAGGCGCAGACGACGACAACAUUGAGGACUCCCUGGCCCGCUGGUGGUUCGCCCAACAGGCUGGAGCCACCGACGCCGAACCGGAAAGCAAUGUAGACCUCGACCGGGGGGCAAAAGCCCGUAAGGCCUGCCUGUACCUGUGGCUGCGUGAUGUCGCCGGCGAGCAACCGGACGGGAUGUCCCUACCGGAAAUGCACAAAAUGGCGCUGGACGUGCAUCGGGAGCGGUUGAUCGCCCCGCCGACCUUUGCCAAAUUCCAGCUCCACGACGGGCGUUCCGGUGAAACGUUCGACCAGCCGGUGGCGGUGGGCAGCAUCUACAUGCUGAAACUCAUCCACCUGGUGGAAGACAAGAUCCACGCUCGUUCCACGGGCCCGUACUCGAUGAUUACGCAGCAACCGCUGGGCGGCAAAGCUCAGUUCGGCGGCCAGCGAUUCGGCGAGAUGGAGGUUUGGGCGCUGGAGGCGUACUCCGCGGCCCAUAACCUUCAGGAAGUUCUUACCAUCAAAUCCGACGACGUUACCGGUCGGGUCAACACUUACGAAUCCAUUGUGAAGGGCCAUGCUAUCAGCCAACCCGGUGUCCCUGAAUCAUUCAACGUGCUGUUGAAGGAGUUGCAGAGCCUGGGCCUAAACGUUCAACUCGAAGAGGAAGGUGAACAGGAAGAGCCAAGCCUGGGGUUGCCAGGCGACGAUGACGACCUCUUCUCCAUGGAGCGCCCGGAAAAAGACGGCCUGUUUUGUGAAAAGAUUUUCGGCCCGACGAAGGACUGGGAAUGCCAGUGCGGUAAGUACAAGCGGCAAAAGUACAAGGGAGUCGUUUGUGACCGCUGCGGGGUUGAGGUCACGCGUUCCAACGUGCGGCGUCAGCGGCUGGGCCAUAUCGCGCUGGCCGCUCCGGUGGCCAACAUCUGGUUCGUGAAGAAUACGCCCAGCGUGAUGAGCCUGGCACUGGAUGUGAAGCUCUCGGACCUGAACCGCAUUCUUUAUUAUUCGGCCUACGUCAUCAACGAAGUUGACAUCGACCUGAUGCGCGAGCGGUUGAGUGAGCACGAAGCCGAGGUUGAGCUGCUUCGUACCGAACCGAUUGCCGUUGCUGAAGCGGCUCUGCAACGCCUGGCCAACCGCAUCGGCGCCUGGGAUCUGGAGAGUCGCCGCGCGGAGGCUGCCGCAGCGAUUGGCGACCAUCCCGACGCGCUGAAACGAGCCGUUGAUGCGGCACGCGUGGCGUUGGGUCGGCUGGUCAGCGGGAGCACAGCAAAUGGCGCGGACGACGUGUUGGCGCUGGAGUCGCUGGUGUCCGCUGCCACUGCGUCGGCGGCCGGGAUCGGCAAUGUCGGGAGCUUGCUGCUCGACCCCAAGCUGCUGGAAUCGCACGAGGCGCUGGUGAUUGCCGCCGCCGACGGCGACCAGGUUGCCAGCGCAGUUGCCCGGUUGUACCGCGGCAAUACCAGCAUCGAAACUGAUGUGCAGGGCUUGAACGAUAGCGUGAAGGCAGUUAACACCGCGUUUGCUGCGUAUCGCGACUCCUACACCGAAGAGGCGCAGGACAAUCUGGCUGACGCAACCGAUCGACUGGAAGCCGACAUUACGGCAGUAGUCGAUGAAGUUCUUUUGCUCACGCUGAAAGAUUUGCGUUCCAUCGUCGCGGAGAACGCCGCUGAUGAUUUUGCCGCAUCGUCGCAGCAGCCCAUGUCCGACGAUUUGGCCGAAAUUCGCGAGUCAAUGAUUAGCGUGGAGCAGGCUGUUCGCACGUGGAACUUCCGCCGGGGUGAGGACAAUCCGGAGGGUCGUGGCUGGAAUUUGCCAGCGUUCAAUGCCCUGCUGGAACGGUUGCAACCCAAUAGCGAUGAAUCGAAGGUGAUUGCCGAUCUGGAAGCACGCGUAGAACGUCUCGAGAGCGGCGGGGCACGCGCUGCCCAGCAGAAGGAAAUGGACUCCUGGCGCAAGCAGCUGCCGGCGGUGCAGAACCUGAUUGGCACAGUGGAUGAUUAUUUGGCGCGUGCCAUUGCCGAGCGCCGUAAGGAGGCCGUUGACAUCAUCCAGUCGAUGCGUUGGUUGCGCUGGGAUCCCUCGCAGCGACCGCGACCGGCUGACCUGGAUUGGCUGUGGCCUGACCUGAAGUUGCCGGCGUCGGCGCGGGAAGACGAUGAGCUGCCCGACGAGUUUUAUAUUGCGCGAAGCGGGGCGUUGGGUUUGCAUCUGACGACGCUUUCCACGGGUCGUUUCGAUCGGUUGAAGCCCUUCUGGGGCGAUGCCUUCGACGCCGAGAUGGGUGCGGAACCGGUGCUGGAGUUCCUGAGGCUGCUGGAUCGGGAUCUGAACCAGGAGCGGUAUUACACCGAACUGGAAAUGCGGGCGACCUCUUCGCAAAUUCGCACCAAGGCCGGCAAGCGAAUGCGCCUGCUGGAGACGUUCCGCCGCAGCGAAAACCGGAUGCAGGACAUGAUCAUGACCGUGCUGCCGGUUCUGCCGCCGGAAUUGCGUCCGAUGGUGCAGCUCGACGGCGGGCGGUUCGCGACCAGCGACCUGAAUGACCUGUACCGUCGAGUGCUGUCACGCAAUCAUCGGUUGAAGCGUUUCGCCAGUAUGCGUGCUCCGGGUCUGAUGAUCCGGAACGAAAAGCGGAUGCUGCAAGAGGCUGUGGAUUCGCUGAUUGACAAUGGGCGGCAGGGUAAGGCCGUGAAGGGCAAGCGUGAUCACGCCCUAAAAUCGCUGAGCGAUCUGUUGAAAGGCAAGCACGGGCGGUUCCGGCAGAACCUGCUGGGCAAGCGCGUUGAUUACUCUGGCCGUUCUGUCAUCGUGGUUGGACCAGAGUUGAAGAUGGACCAGUGCGGCCUACCCAAACGCAUGGCGCUGGAGCUGUUCAAGCCGUUCGUGAUGCACCGUUUGGUGCUGAGCGGCCUGGCCCCGAACAUCAAGGCGGCAAAGCGCAUGGUCGAACGCGCUUCUCCGGACGUAUGGCACAUCCUAGAAGACGUAAUCAAGAAUCGGCCGGUGUUGCUGAACCGGGCGCCCACGUUGCACCGAUUGGGGAUCCAGGCGUUCAAACCGGUAUUGAUUGAGGGCAGCGCGAUUCAACUGCACCCGCUGGUGUGUUCUGCUUUCAACGCCGACUUCGACGGCGACCAGAUGGCGGUGCACGUUCCACUGUCCGCGCUGGCGGUGAACGAAUCCGGCACGGUGAUGUUGAGCAUCAACAAUAUGCUGUCGCCGGCAUCGGGCGACCCGCUGGUUGCGCCGACGCUGGACAUGGUGAUGGGGUGUUAUUACCUGACGGAGAUGCUGGAGUCCGGCCAAGGCGCCGGCGCGGUGUUCUAUGACAUUCACGAAGCCAGAAUCGCUUACUCGGAAGGUGUUAUCGGGCUGCGCUCGCCGAUCACCGUGCUGUCCGUGGCGGGUCACGAAGGCAAGAUUGAAACGACCAUGGGCCGGCUGAUUUUUAACGAAGUUUUGCCCGACAAGCUGGGCUACAAAAACCGGUUGAUGGACCGUGAGACGGCGCGAGCGCUGGACAACAUCAAGGACAUGGGGUUUUUCUACGCGACGAAGUCCGGUAUCACCAUUGCCAUCAACGACAUUCAGGUGCCAGAGCGCAAGCACGGUAUCUUGGAAGAGGCCACCCGAAAGGUUGCCGACCAUGAAGACAACUUCAUGAUGGGCAUGAUGACUGAGGAAGAAAAGUACGACCGCGUCAUCGAGACCUGGACCCAAGCAUCGGAUGAUAUGCAAUCCAUCGUUGAAGACGAGCUCUACAACUUUGGCGGCAUUGCCGUGAUGGCGAUGUCAGGCGCCAAGGGAAACAUCUCGCAGAUCAAGCAGAUGGCGGGCAUGCGUGGGCUGAUGAGCGACCCGGAAGGCCGGAUCAUCGAGCGGCCCGUGAAAUCGAGCUUCCGGGAAGGGCUAACGGCGCUGGAGUACUUCAUUUCCACCCACGGAGCGCGCAAAGGGCUGACCGACACCGCCCUCCGGACCGCCGACAGCGGUUAUCUGACCCGGCGUCUGGUUGACGUGUCGCAGGAAGUGAUCGUGCAAGAACACGAUUGCGAAUUUGCCGAAACGUUCUACGUGGAACCGCGGCCUGAUGAUGUGUCGCUGAGCAGUUUCCCGGACCGCAUCCUGGGACGGAUGGCCGGCGACGUUAUCGCGGACCCGCGCAGUGGCGAGAUCAUCAUUGAUCGCAAUGAGAUGAUUGAAGAAGACAUCGCGCAGGCGAUCAAGGCUGCCGGCAUUGAUCGGGUACCGGUGCGCUCACCGCUGACCUGCCAAACCCGUCGCGGAAUUUGCCAAAUGUGCUAUGGCCGGCUGCCGGCCACCGGCAAGUUGGUGGAGAUCGGUCAGGCGGUAGGUGUCAUUGCUGCCCAGAGUAUCGGUGAGCCGGGCACGCAGCUGACCAUGCGUACUUUCCACACGGGCGGUAUCGCGGGGUCGGACAUCACGACCGGUUUGCCGCGUGUGCAGGAACUGUUUGAAGUGCGCCCUCCCAAGGGAGCCGGCGUGUUGACUCACAUCGACGGCGUCGUGUCCAUCGAGGAAGACGUUAACGGUGCGAGGCGCAUCCGGGUUACUUACGACGAGGAGGAACGCCACGAAUACCCCUUGCCCGACGGCGCGAUUCGCCUGGUGGAGCCCGGUGAACCGGUAGCCGAGGGUAACCUGUUGGCCGUGGUGAUGAACAGCAGCGCGCCAGCUGUGCCCACCGAUGGCGAUGGCGACGCGACCGACGCGGGCAACGCAUUGGCCGGCGCCAAUAUUUUGCAGGAAAUCCGCUCGGACCACCCGGGUGAGGUUGAAAUUUCUGCGGACGGCGUCACCGUGGUGUGGCGCGAGGAAGAAUCGCGUGCAUACGAAGUGAACUCGCAGAUGGCGCUGAAGGUUACAGAGGGUCAGCAGGUCAGGGCCGGUGAGGCCCUGGUUGACGGGCCGCUGGACCUGCGGGAGUUGCUGGAUGUCAGGGGCCUGGAGGGGCUGCAACACUAUCUGGUGGACGAAGUUCAGGAAGUUUAUCGUUCCCAGGGCGUGGGUAUCCACGACAAGCACAUUGAAGUCAUCCUGCGGCAAAUGUUGCGGCGGGUGCAGGUGGAAUCCUCCGGGGACACUGAGUUCAUACCCGGGGACGUGGUCGAUAAAUUCCGCUUCCAGGACCAGAACGCGCGGGUUCUGGCCGAGGGCGGCGAGCCGGCCACCGCCAUGACCAUGCUGCUGGGCGUCUCCAAGGCAGCGUUGACGACGGACAGUUUCCUGUCCAAGGCAUCCUUCCAGGAGACCACCAAGGUGCUAACGAUGGCCGCCGUGGCCAGCGACCGCGACUGGCUGCGGGGUUUGAAGGAGAACGUUAUCAUCGGACGGUUGAUUCCGGCCCGCCUGGAAUCGUUGCUGGAAUCGGAAAACCAGCUGAUUUUGCAAGAAGAGAUGCAACGGUUGGAGAACGAAUUGAUGGCUCCGUCAUGGCUUUCCGGCGAACUCGAUGGUCCGGAAGGCAUACCUCCUGGCGAGGACGGCGCGGAAACGGCUGCGCCCGUCGCCGAGAUUGAUGACGAGAUUAUUUCCGGACAGCCGAUCGUUCCGCUCGAUGCAGGGGCAGGGUUGGGCGAGGCCGGGUUCCAGGUUCGUUCUGCCGAGGAAGAGGACGAACUCGUCCGACGCGCGCAGUCGCUCACGGAAAGCGACUCGAACAGCGAACAGGAAGUAGAGGCUGCAGCAUCGCGAGUCUUCUCGCCGUUUGAAGAAGAGGAGGACGACGUUCCGACGCUUUAA